AUGAACAACCAGUCUCACCCAGACACAGACAGGCUACCACUACCAGGCCUCCUAUCUCACCAACAAUUCGUCAUACUUCAGAACACCAACGCCUACUCCGCUAUCUUCUUCUCUCUCCUCGGCAUCGGCUCCAACUUCAUGAACAUCAAAACUUUCCUCACCAUGGGGGCCGAUGACGCCGUAACAGUCUCUUUUCUGGGACUGUCCAUCUCCGAUAUCCUCGUCUCGUUGAUCCUGCUUUGUCUCGGGAUCUCAGGAUGUCAACACGCCAACGAGUUGUCACAAGGAGUUCUCUACACCUACGACCCAUUCUUCUUUCUGUUGAUUUUUGGCAACGCGGCUAUGGCGGCCUAUACUGUCACUAUGCUGACCACCCUGUACAUCGCAGUGGCUCGGUGCAUGUGUGUGGCCAAACCCCUGCACUUCAAACACGUCUUUACCAAAACCAGAUCCGUGAUCAUCAUCAGCGCUUUCGGUGUGUUCUCUACGGCCAUGGUAACCCCAGUCUUCGCCAGUUUGGGCAUCGUGAAAACUUUCAGUCCUGUCCUCAACGGCACGCGAUAUGUCCCGUGGUUCGAUGUCGGCCUAGAACACGUCAAAGACGCCGUAUAUUUCGUCACGCUGGUCGUGAUCCCCUUCUCCACCCAAGUCAUCGUUACUGUCUGCAUCAUCGUCAUGACGUGGAAGCUCAUCGAGUCGUCACGCUUCAGACAAAAGUCCACGAAAGAGCCGGAGUUUGACGCCAUCUUUGGCCGACACCGCUACGCUCGCAUCUACGCCGUCUGCCACAUGAUGAGGCGCGUGUGUGAGCAGGUCAACAGCGCCGUCAACUUCUUCAUCUACUACAGCUACAACACCAAGUUCAGAAAGCAUUGCAAGCUGCUGUCUUGUUAA